GGACGGUAGAAGGAAGCAAGUGAGUAGGGUGGGGGCAUGGGUGUGUGUGCAAGUAGCACCAGAUUUGGUAGGGAAGAACGAGAAGGUGGGGGCAUGGGCGGAUGAACCAGAAGCGGCAGGCACGGAAGGGAAGGACGAGGAGGUGGGAGCAAGGGCAGCAGCAGAAGGGGAAGAGAAGGACGAGAAGAAGGGGGCAGGAGCGUGUGUAACAGCAGCAGCAAAGGUAGAGAAAAAGGAAGAGCAGGUGGGGGCGGGAGCGUGUGUAACAGCAGCAGCAAAGGUAGAGAAAAGGGAAGAGCAGGUGGGGGCGGGAGCGUGUGUAACAGCAGCAGCAAAGGUAGAGAAAAAGGAAGAGCAGGUGGGGGCGAUGUAA